AGAAACUUACAAACACAAGGAAAGCGGCUACAAUGCUCUUUGCGUUAUUGAUUUGCUUGAUUGCAAUUCAAGGAGCGAAUGCAGCCACGUGCAAACUUCCCGCUGCACUAAUCGAAGCAACUACGACGGCUCAUAAUGACCUCAGAGCACAAGUCGCCAAACGUGCUUUGGAUAAGGAGAUUUACGGAGAUCUCCCAGGAACAAAGAGCCUUUUCAAACUGGAGUAUGAUUGUACUAAUGAAGGAUUUGCACAGUCAACCAUUGGAAAAGAUUGCAAACAUUCAUCGAUCUAUAUGAGCGUGAUAGGAAGAGGAGAAAACUUUAUAACGUACAGAGCAGAAAGUAAGCCUGGUAACAAAAAGCUUGCUGAGAUGCUCAAGUGGGCCGUCGAAGACUGGAGUGACACUGUCGAAAGUCCUUUGAGCUCGGACAUCAUGUACACAGAUACGUCUAUAGAACCUUUUGCUAAUAUGAUCUAUAACAAGACGAUGAAGUUCGGGUGCUCCUACCAAUUCUGUGAGACCAACGGCAAAGUUGCUAUCGCUUGUGUAUACGAGAAAAAGCCGCAGCUGAAUGAGCCACUGUAUUCGGCAGACUCGACGGGCAAGAAAGGAUGUACUAAGAAUAGUCCGUGUAACAAAGUCAUCAAAGGCGCUGUUUGUGAAACAGCUGAUGACACCGUUGGACCUCUUUGCCAGAGAGAACCUUCCACCACAACAACCGCUCCAACAACAACAACGGAACAACCAACCACAUGCAAACUUCCCGCUGCACUGAUAGAGGCAGCCACGACGGCUCACAAUGACCUCAGAGCACAAGUCGCUAAACGCGCUUUGGAUAAGGAGAUAUAUGGAGAACUGCCAGGAACAAAGAGCCUUUUCAAACUGGAGUAUGAUUGUACUAAUGAAGGAUUUGCACAGUCAACCAUUGGAAAAGAUUGCAAACAUUCAUCGAUCUACAUGAGCGUGAUAGGAAGAGGAGAAAACUUUAUAACAUACAGAGCAGAAAGUAAGCCUGGUAACAAAAAGCUUGCUGAGAUGCUCAAGUGGGCCGUCGAAGAUUGGAGUGACACUGUCGAAAGUCCUUUGAGCUCGGAUGUCAUGUACACAGACACGUCUAUAGAACCUUUUGCUAAUAUGAUCUAUAACAAGACGAUGAAGUUCGGGUGCUCCUACCAAUUCUGUGAGACCAACGGCAAAGUUGCUAUCGCGUGUGUAUACGAGAACAAGCCGCAGCUGAAUGAGCCACUGUAUUCGGCAGACUCGACGGGCAAGAAAGGAUGUACUAAGAAUAGUCCGUGUAACAAAGUAAUCAAAGGCGCUGUUUGUGAAACAGCUGGUGACGCCGUUGGCCCUCUUUGCCAGAGAGAACCUUCCAGUAAGAGUUUUUGCAUACUGUUCGAAAACUUCAUAUUGUACAAAUAUUUACACUUUCCAUUCAGCCACAACAACCGCUCCAACAACAACAACGGAACAAUCAAUUAUUAUCUGGACUUGGAUACCAUACUACUGAGACCCCUUACUGAAGCAGCAAUAAGUCAUCAAAGAAGAAAAUCCAACUAA